CCAAAAAACGGUCCAAGAUGCCUUUCGUCAAGACUGUCAAGAACAGCGCCUACUACUCGCGCUUCCAGGUCAAGCCCCGCCGUCGUCGUGAGGGCCGCACCGACUACUACCAGCGCAAGCGCCUCGUCGCCCAGGCCAAGAACAAGUACGCCUCGCCCAAGUACCGUCUUGUCGUCCGCUUCACCAACCGCCAGGUGAUCUGCCAGAUCGUCUACGCCAAGCUCACCGGUGACGUUGUUCUUACCCACGCCUCGUCCAAGGAGCUCCCCCGCUACGGCAUCAAGCACGGUCUCACCAACUGGACCGCUGCCUACGCCACCGGUCUCCUUGUCGCCCGCCGUGCCCUUACCAAGCUCGGCCUCGCCGACAAGUACGAGGGCUUCACCGAGCCCUCGGGUGAGCUCGAGCUCGUUGAGCCCCUCGGCGACGACGAGCCCCGCCCCUUCAAGGCCUACCUCGACGUUGGUCUCCGCCGCACCUCGACCGGCAACCGUGUCUUCGGUGCCCUGAAGGGUGCUUCGGACGGUGGCAUCUUCAUCCCCCACAACACCAAGCGUUUCCCCGGCUACGACCCCGAGACCAAGACCAUUGACGCCGAGGUCCUCCAGAAGUACAUUGUCGGUGGCCACGUCGCCGAGUACAUGGAGUCGCUCGAGGAGGAGGACGACGAGCGCUUCAAGAAGCAGUUCGCUACCUACCUCGCCGACGACAUUGGAUCGGAGGACAUUGAGGAGCUCUACUCGGCCGCCUACGAGGCCAUCCGUGAGGACCCCUCGUUCACCCCCACCGAGAAGGACACUGCCAAGUGGACCGCCGAGUCGAAGAAGCUCCGCCAGGUCCGCCUCACCAAGGAGCAGCGUCGCGAGCGUGUCGAGGAGAAGAUCGCCGCCUGGAAGGCCGACAACGAGUAAUCGUUGGUCUCUUGGGUCCAUCAUUGUUCUCUGUACUAGCCUGGGCAUCGAGACAUGCAUCAUCGUGUCCGGAA